AUGAAUUGCAAGUUAUCAGCUAGAUAUAGAAAUACGGUUUUAGCGGGUACCAUCGACGGGCGAUUGUUUUUGAUUGAAAAUGGUGAAUUGAAGUCCGUCUACAAUAUUCAGACUCUCUCAGAGUUCGACCCGAAUGUGACAGGCCCAAAUCCGUUGUACGUACGGCCAAUAUUAGAUGGCCAGGACGUGAAAAUUCAAUAUUUUACGCCAGUUAAAAAUGGACUAAUGUUUGUAGUGAACGGUUACCAAGUUUACUACUACAAAAUGAAGGCGAAUCGAUACAAGCAAAGCAUCGUAUUUCAUGUACCCAGGAACAGCGAACGUCAAGUAAAUAUCGGUGAAGGCAGUGAUAAUGCUUAUGGUAACAGUAACGGUGAUGGUGAUGGUGAUGGUGAUACCGAUGAUGGUGACUGUGGUGAUGGUAGAGAGUCAGAUACUAUAAAUACAUUGAGCGUUAGCCCAAAAAACAAGAGACUUGUGUGCGUCACUGGCAAUUCUCGGUUGUAUUGGUCGUCGACGGAAGGGAAAUCCGGAAUGAUGGACGUAGAGCUUGAACCAUUUGGUGAGACGUUGCACCGUGGUGGUGUUUUGGGUCUGUCGGUAAGUGACUGGAAACCCAUCUUUAUGACUUGCGGCAAGAUUGACCGGACAGUGAAAUUGUGGGACUACAUGAGACGUACGUUGGUGCUGUCUCAGUGCUACGACGAGGAUGUGCACGACGUGUCGUUGCACCCAACGGGGUCUUACGCUAUAGUAGCUUUUCAGGAUCGAGUCAUGUUCAACGUUAUAUAUGACUCGGUUGCGUUAAAACCACGCCAGGAGUUCGUCGCAGCCAAUUGCCAUUUAGUGCGGUUCAGCUUAUCCGGUCACAUGUUUGCGGUCGUCAACGACCUGAUCAUUGACAUAUAUUGUUCGGUGACAUUCCAUAGACGUUUUACGUUAAUUGGUCACAAAAACAAGAUCACGGAUCUAGUUUGGGCCAACAACGACUGGAAGUUAGUGUCGUGUGACAUCGAUGCUCGAGUGUGUAUCUUUAAUUUGUACACAAAUGAACACGUGAUAGAUAUCAAAUUUUGGAAUAAGACGUUUGUAAGUCUGGCUGUAUCAAACGAUAUGAAAAAGAUUUAUACAGCCGCGCCAGAUGGAAGGGUCAGGGAGUUGUAUCAUCGAACGGUGAUUCGUGAUAAAAAUUUAGACCAUGGUCCGUUAAACACCAUAGUGCUAUCCAAAUCAGAUUUAAUGUUAUUCGUGGCGUGUCAAUUCGGCGUCAUAUUGUCGCUGGCAUUGCCUAUCAAAUCUCAAAUCAAAUACAAAGAAUUUUGCAUCCACAACAAAACUAUAUCAAAGAUGCGACUGACAAUAAAUGACUCAACAUUGAUCACGUGUUCUGUAGAUGGUAGUAUUUGUAUAUGGCAUGUGAAAAAUUCCAAAGGAAAGAUUACCCACGCUACACCAAAAUUUUCAGAAGACAUUCUUGUUUCUUCUAACUAUUUGAAGAAUAAAUUCGAGACAGUUUCUAUUUUAAAUUUAAGGUUAAUAGAAUUAGAAAGAAACAGUGAAAAUGAUAUUGUUCAACUAGAAAAAUCUCACGAAAAACAGUUGCGAGGAAUAAAAAAUCAACAUUUUAUGAAAAUGAAACUAUUAAAACAAAAACAAAACGAAAUGUUUGCGUUUCAUGUUUGUGAUAGAAAACGUUUAGAAAAUAAAACCACUGAUAUAAAAGAACAGCAAGAGACCAAUAUGCAAAUUUUGAAAGAAAGUUACAAAGAACAACUGAAAUAUGAAGAUGAGAAAUAUGUUAGGACAGAAAAAGAUUUAUUUAAUAUAAAUAAUGAUUUAAAAACACGAACAGAAAUAAUUUUAAUGACACAUGAGAAAAAUAUGCAGGAAUUAGCCAGAAAAUUCAAAAAAGAUCUGAAAGAAGAAGAGUACAUAUUCCAAAAAUUCAAAGAUGAGUUGAGCAAAGAAAUGAAUCGGUAUGAUAUAGAGAUAGAUGAAUUUGACUAUCAAGGAGAUCGGGAAGUUUAUGGGUUAUUUAACAAUACUGUACCUGAAUAUCAAAAGUUGUCAAGGCAAAUUAAAAAAAUAAAAGAAGAAGUUAGUGUUCUAAAGGUUAGGAUUAAAAAUGCUAAAAAAGAAGAAGAGGAUCUAAAGUUUUUAAUCGAUAAAUUUGAAGAGGACAUUGGGAAAAUGAUAGCAAAUGAGAAAACGUUAGAAGAAAAAAUCGAAGUGAUGGAAAAAACCAUGCAGGAGUGCAAUGCGAUUAUACAAGGCAAAGAUAAAUGGAUGGACAAUGAGAAAUUGAGUAUGAAAGACGUGGAAAUACAAAUAUUAGUUUUGAGGUUUAAUAAAGAAGAACAAAUUAAAGUUAUCAAUCCAUUGAAAAUGAAACUUGAUGAUUUAAAAGCAUUCGAAGAAUCAAUGUUGUUUUAUGCAUACGAAAUUAUUAACUCAAUGAAAUCUAUGCACUUGAAAUGUGAUACGCUAAAACAAAAGAUAAAAUCUAAAAGAAAAGAAACAAAACAAAUUGUCGCAGGGAUCAGUAUUCAAGAAGCGUUUAUUAAAUCCAUACAAUUUGAAGCAUACUACAUCUAUAUGAACGUGGAUGACGGAGUCAAAUUAAGAGAUUCCAUUAGAAAUUUACAUCUUAAAUUUACAAAUAUAAAUUGGUUGGAAGGAACGAAAUCAAAUGAUUUGUUAAGGCAGAGACAGUUUCUAGAAAGAGCCGUGUUUAACCUCGAACGCCGCAAAACUGCAGCUGCUGAACGACAGAACCCUUUGCAAUUCAAUAUUAUUGAAGAAAAUCAAUCUCUUCUACUAAUAGUAAACAAGUUGAGGAAAGAAACAAAGACGAACCAGUCUAAGUACAAAGAGUUACAGUGUACAAAAGAGAAAAAAUAUCCAUCAGUAUUGGUCGAAAAUGUCAAUGAGGAAGAUGAUUCAUUUAAAAAACUAUGA